AAACACAUCAAAUCAAAAACACCAGCUGCUGUUCUGCUGCGUACUCAAUCCGGCUACACUAUAUUUCUCAUUCUUACAUUUUUACUUAGAAUUAUCUUGUUUUUACAUUUUUUACUUAGAAUUACCUAAGUAUUUCAUUUGUUCUCGCCAGUGUAUUAACGGAAAUAAUUAUGACUACACCUAAUGCUACAAAUGGUAGUGUCCCUCACAUUGACCGUGAAUUAGAUUUGUCAAAUACUGGAAGAGGUGUCUGGCUUGUCAAAGUACCUAAAUAUAUAGCAAAUAAAUGGGAUAAAGCUUCUGGGAAUAUAGAAGUAGGCAAAUUGAAAAUAUCAAGGGUUCCGGGCCAAAAACCACAAGUGCAGCUAUCAUUAUCUGAGGCAGUUAUGUGCUUGAAGGACCCUGGAGAACAGAGCAUACCAAAGGAACACUGUCUUGACGUAUCUAAUGUGACAAGACAAAGUCUUGGAGUAUUUUCACAUGUUGUUCCUACAGUUACAGAUUCAGUUGUACCAGAAUCUGAAAAAUUGUAUAUGGAGGGGAGGAUAGUUCAAAAGCUGGAAUGUAAACCAUAUGCAGACACAACUUAUUACAAACUUAAGUCUGAGUCUAUUAGAAAGGCGUCUAUUCCUCAGAGACAAGUUCAACAAUUGGAUAGGAUUGUACAAAACUUUAAGCCUGUCUCUGAUCACAGACAUAAUAUUGAAUAUCAAGAAAAGAAGAAAGCUGAAGGCAAGAAAGCUCGUGACGACAAAGAUGCUGUGCUUAACAUGUUGUUUGCAGCGUUUGAGAAACAUCAAUACUAUAAUAUAAAAGAUUUGCAAAAGAUAACAAGGCAACCUAUUGUAUAUUUGAAGGAAAUAUUAAAAGAGGUUUGUAACUAUAAUCUCAAGAAUCCACACAAGAAUAUGUGGGAAUUGAAACCUGAGUACAGGCAUUACAAGCAAGAGGUGCCUGUUGAGACUAAAGAAGAAAAAAAUAGUUCAGACAGUGACUAAUCCAUACUGAUAAUUGUAUAACAUGAAAUGGCAGUCACCAGAGGUUGUUCAAAGGUCAGCAGAAGGUUGUGGCAGUCCAUCAUGCAAAGCAUUCUACAAAGCAAACAAUGUAUGAAUGAAUUAGCGGCGCACCAGGUAGGCCAUAUGCCUAUGUAACAGUAUACAAAGUGUAUUUAAUUUUUUCAGUAUUUUUUUCUAACAAUGUUAUGAAACUUUUGUUUGUCUUUAUAAUUUUCUAUUUCUUUUGUUCUGCCAGUUCUCUUUCAAAAUACCUACACCUCAGAAGUCUUAUUCUGUAUAUUUUAUUUGAUUGAUAAUAAUAUGAAAUUAUGAUUUAAUAAAUUCUUGAUGAAAUUAU